CAGUCACCGCCUACAUCACAUGGAGAGAGGAGGCGGCUGAGCUGGAGGAGCUGAGCCGGACAGAGAGGGGUUUUGGGGAGACUGCUGGGACAGACAGGGAUAACAACGCAGUGGUUGUGGAAUAAUUUGUCUUUUUCCCGGCUGAAAUGGUUCAGGAUCCGACUGCAGACGCCUUCAUCCCUGUUGAGGUGCAGUGCUGGGUCUGAGAACGGAGCUGUUCUGCUGGAUAACAGUCACCAGGCCUGAGGGCCCCUGGACCAACAAGACAUGCUGGCUGCCAUGCUGCGCCAGAGUUCUGGUGGAGGAUCAGGAGGAGGCGGCGGCAGCAGCAGUGGCGGAGGCAAUGGAGGUGGAACCAAACUCUCUUUAGGCAUAUCCCGACUCUCCAGCUCCAGCUUGGGUUCGGCAGGGCCCCGGGCCUCCAGGGGCGGCACAGUGAGCUCGGACAGCCCAGAUGUCUCCGUUUCUGACCCAAUCUAUAUCAUGCAGCUGGUCAGCGAUGUGCGCAAGUUCGCUGAUGUGCUUCUACAACUAAAAGAAGUUUUCAGCUCCGAAGAGCACCAGGACUGCCUCCAUCACGCGGCGCACGAGCGUCUCGGGGAGCUGCUGCGAGUCCUGAAGGCCAUAAUCAGCAAACACCAGAGCCUCAAUUCGGUGGACAUCCUCAGUACAGCUGGCACAGUAAUCGCCACGGUCAAAGGGGUGAAUUUUAAGGAGGUGAACGAGGAGAACAAACAGAAGCUUUUCGGAGAGAUCUACGCUGCUAUUGACACAUUGGCGUUCACCUUUGGCAAUGUAGUGUCUGACUUCCUUAUGGGAGAUGUAGAGAAUGGAUCGGUGUUGGGGCUCCCCCUAACUAAGAGAAGCAGGUCUUUUGAGAACCUCUCUGCGGAAUCUGGAGGAUCCGGUCCCGAGAAAGAUGAUCCGCCAGGGCCGUCACAACCGGUUCGGGCAGAAGAGGUGGACAGGACGCUGCAGCAGCAGGACAGCGGGGUGGAAUCGGCGCUGCUCUACGCCAAGUCCUGGUCCAAGUACACCAAAGAGCUGCUGGCGUGGGUGGAGAAGCGUCUCAGCAUGGAUAUUGAGUGUGCAAAGAGUUACGCAAAAAUGGCAGAAUCUGCCAAGACGCUUGCAAGUCAACAGGAAUUCAUGCCUUUCCGUGAGAUCUACAUGGCUGCCUUCAAAAACGACAUUGAAUACAGCCAGCUGGUACUUCACACCGCAGCAGUACUCCAAAGCAACAAAUUCAUGCAGCCUCUCGUGGCCAGAAAGAAUGAGCUGGACAAACUACGAAAAGAGGUCAAGGAGCAGUGGCAGAGAGAGCAGAAGAAAAUGAACGAAGCGGACAGUGCUCUGAAGAAGGCUCGGCUGCUGCAGGCCCAGCGGCAGGAGGAGUAUGAGAAGGCCAAGGUGUCCACCAGCCGCCUGGAGGAGGAGCAGAUAGGAGGAGGAGGAGGAGCAGCGGCGGUCAAACAGCUGGAGAAGAGGCGCAGGCUGGAGGAGGAGGCCCUGCAGAAGGCUGAUGAGGCCAGGGAGCACUGCAAAUCAUGUCAGGUCGAUGUUAGAGACAAGAGAGUCGAUCUGGCCAACACGAAGAGUGAGAUCAUCAUUCAGAUCCGAGAGAUGGUCUCCCAGUGCGACCUCACCCUCAAGGCAAUGACGGUCAAUUGGUUCCAGCUCCAGCAGGCCCAGGUUGUGUCCCUUCCUGUCAACCACCAGAGUCUGUGUGAAAAUGCCAAACUGUACGAGCCGGGCCAGCGCUACAUCGACUUUGUCAGGGGUCUACCCACCGAUGGGCCUCGCCUGGAGUCCCACUCGUUUGAUUCAGCCGUCACACACAGCACAGGGAUGCUAUUCAACAAGCGCUCGCUAAGUGGCAGCCACUCGUCCCACAGUAACCUGUCACAGGCAUCUGUGACCUCUGACCUUCUUGGUGCGGAUGACGUGGAUAGUCCAAUCACUGCCCAGCAUGCCAGGAUUGCAGAAAGGCGCUCCAACAGUAACACUGACAUCCAAGCACUUCGGAUUCAGGCCUCGUUUCGUCCCUGGGCCUCGACCAGCCAGGGUGGAGGGAUGUGCAGCGAUUCGGAAAGUGCUGGAGGGAGCAGCGAAUCCCGGUCUAUGGACUCCCCCACAGCAAGCCCAGGAGACUUCAAAAGGAGAUUACCCAGGACCCCCUCCACCGGCACCAUGUCAUCUGCUGAUGACCUGGAUGACAGAGAGCCUCCUUCACCCUCUGAUAAUGGUUUAAAUGAGAUGGUAAUCGAAACAGCCAGCUCCCCAGGUCCCUUUAGAAACACCCAGAUGUCCAAGGCGGCUCAAACCCACAAGCUGAGGAAGCUUAGAGCGCCAUCCAAGUGUCGAGAGUGCGACGGCCUGGUGGUGUUUCAUGGAGCAGAGUGUGAGGAGUGUUCCUUAGCCUGCCAUAAGAAGUGUCUGGAAACCCUGGCCAUCCAGUGCGGCCAUAAGAAGCUCCAGGGGAGGCUCCAUCUCUUUGGCAUUGACUUCACACAGGCAGCUAAGAACAGUCAGGACUGCAUCCCCUUCAUCAUAAGGAAGUGUACAUCAGAAAUCGAAAACCGGGCUCUCAACAUAAAGGGUAUCUACCGCGUGAAUGGUGCCAAGUCUCGGGUAGAGAAGCUUUGCCAGGCAUUUGAGAAUGGCAAGGACCUUGUGGAGCUCUCCGAACUUUAUCCCCACGACAUCAGCAACGUACUCAAACUCUACCUGAGACAGCUUCCAGAGCCGCUCAUCCUGUUCCGCUAUUAUAACGACUUUAUCGGCCUGGCCAAGGAAAGUCAGAGUAUCAUUGUGGAGGAACUGGAAGAAUUGAGACUCAGUCCCACCACAAUGACCCCAGCCCAGGUCAGCGUGGACCUCAACCGGGUUCUCUUCAAAAUUAAGGACCUACUGAGGCAGCUGCCACCAGCUCAUUACAAGACACUGCAGUUCCUCAUAGAGCAUCUGCACCGGGUGACUGAGCAAUCAGAGGAGAAUAAGAUGACAGCCAGCAACCUGGGUAUCAUCUUUGGCCCAACACUGAUCAAACCGAGGCAGGCGGACGCUGAAGUUUCCCUCUCCUCACUGGUGGAUUACCCGUAUCAGGCACUCAUUGUUGAGCUUCUGAUCAGACACUACCAGAUGAUCUUUGACACCCCCCUCAGUCCACUGAGUUGCAGCUCCCCUACAGAGAUUGAUGCCCAACCCCGCCUCGCCCACCAGGAGAAGGAGCAGCAGCCGCUGAGCAGGCACACCAAGUCGCUGGGAGACAUUAAGGAGCAGAGCUCUAAGGUGUUGAAGAGGCAUUCCUCCAUAAUUCCUUCCUCCCACUUAUUGGCUGAGGCUCAGGAGACUAUGCCCCGCCUCAAUGGAAGCGACUUUGAACCUGUUGAUGAAGUGGAUUUCGAGGCUUUCAAUGGGGUUUGGUCAUCAAGCGUAUCAGAAGUCCCGAAACCUGGCGAGAAAGGCCUCUGUCGUUCUCAGCAUAUCGGCGUCUCCAGGGUCCAGCUUCGACAACCUCGCAACAAACUCUCCUCGCGCCCAGUGAGUAUGCCAGCAGAACGGAUACUCAACCGAGGCCAAGUAGACGAGAAUAACACGCGGAACAGCACCGACCAAGACGACAGGAAGGGAGGUGGUUGCGACCAAUCCAUUGAAGAGGUCGACGAAACUGAGAAAACAAAAUUGCGAGCGGGCACACAUUACCGGACUACAUUUAUUGACACCCAGACGUUACGCAGAACUUGGGACAAACAGUACAAGCAUGAGGUUGCUUCCAAGACUGUCAGAAUUGUUGCCAGUUGUCCCACAGAGAGUACAGAAGUGGAUGCCAGCAACUUAUCGGCUUCUAUACCCGUAGCUUCAUCAUCUUUCUCCCUUGGAACUGCUGGGAGCAUAAGCACCAUCUUCCCUAAUAGACCUUACACUGUCGCAGUGCGACCUAGCAGGACUUUAAGAAGGGAGGACAAUGUAACCAAGUACAAUCCUGUCGCAACAGCUUUCAGGGCUCCCAGAACUCUACAGCCCCCUCCAGGGACCUUCUACAAGCCCCCGUCGGGGAGCAAAGCUAAAGAGCUGCAGAACUGUGCAUCAGCUAACAGCGCAGAGGAAGAAGAUGAGGAGGAGGAGGAGGAGGAGGAGGAGGAGGAUGAGGAGGAGGAGGAGGAGGAGGAGUUGGGGAUUGAGAUAGAGGUGUCUGUAGAUGAGCCUCUUGAGGAAGACGAUGAGGCCGAGCAGGCAGCCAUGUCUCAGUCUCCCAGCUCUAGCCCUGAGGAAUUGGGCCCGAACCAGGCCAAACCAGUGUACCAGAGACUAAGGUCCAGGCGCCUCCAAGAGGUAGAACAUCGAGAGGCUCAUUUUGUGUGAGAGUCAUCACAGAUCUAAAAAAAAAAAAAAAAACGUACUCGAACACGAACAAUAUGUGCCAUAUUCUAAUAUACAAAGAGUAAGAAACAUCUGCAAUUGACUCUGCAAUUUCCAGAUGUGCUUUGAUUGUGGGCAUCGUUUUGACCACUAAAUGUACCUUUGGUCAUCAAUAAACAAACAAGAUGCACUUAAAAUGCUGUAUAUUCUUUAACAUUAUUCACCAAUAUUUCAUUCACCAAUCCCUUGCCCAGUACACUCUGGCACCUGGUCAGAAUAUUUAUAUAUUUUUUUAAACUGUGCAAUUACAUUUUUAUUUGAAUAUUUUGUACCAAGUUCUUACAGGCUCACUUUGUAUGUUUAUAUACCAAAAAAGAUAUGUUUGAAUCGUUACAAUAGUGCAUGUAGCCACAACACUGAAAAAAGUUUGGUGCACUUAUCAAUACUCUUCCACAAAUCUCUCUCUGAGUCGUGUUUCUACCUACUGAGAGUCAGAAUGUUUUUUAAACUGUUACAUUUAGGUUAUAAUUAAUAAUGUUGCAAAUAACUUGUGUUGUUACAUGCUGUACUGGGUACCUGCAUUGGCAUUUGGUAAUGUUAUGAAGCACUAGUUGCAAAGGGUAUACAUCCACUUGUUUUUAGACUGUUGAACUUUUGUCAAUUUACACUGAUCUGAAAAGCUUUUAGAAAUGCCGCUGGACUGUAUAAUGGCAUUAUCUUCCUUAUUUUGAUAACUUUUAAAUUUCUUAAUAGCCAAAGCUGUUUUUCUUUUUACAACUGAAUUAGUUUUUAAUCAGUAACCUAAACCUCACAGGUUCUUUGUAACAGGAAGUGCAUCAUUUAUUUAAAUGGUAUCUGAUUUUCAUGGUCAUUUACAAGGUUGACAGGAUGUUGAAAGGUUCAGUGUAAAAAGACAGGUACAUGAAACACCCUUUUGUAACUUAUUAAAAUAUAUCUGAC